UCUUCUAUAUAUUAAAUUAAACCCUAAAAGGUCGCUUAUUCAUUUGCUCCGUCUUUGCUUCCCUGUGGUGGCAAUGGCUACUUCGUCUUCUUUUCUUCGUCUUCCUCAUCGAAUCUGGUUUCUCCUUCCUCUUGUUGUCUUUCUCUUGUUAUCCUACGCGGCGGCGCUCAAAAGUGUUGGUCCUAGCGAGCCAGCUCUGAAUGUUAGCCUUAGUCCGUGUGAGCGAAUCCAAGUUUCAGGCUAUUCGAGAACCAAAUUAGGGAAAUUCGCUAACUCUCUUAGGGUAAACUUAGUUCCAAUCCCAGAGAAGCUACACAUCAAAAUUCAAGUUUGUGUUCACCGGAAUGCUACACUUGGAAUGUGCCACUGUGAGAAAUCAAAUUGGAAAAAUCUUCAGAAAGGGAUCUGGAGCAGCUCUGUAAUAUCUCCAUAUGAUAAACAAUACAUUGAUGUGAAAUUCAGUGGUAGUGAAUAUGAAUCGUCUCGUUCACUGGUUACAAUCAACGUUACAGAAGAGUUUCAUCAAUGGCGGAUUUUUUGUCUUGUGGCGGGAUUGAUUGUGAUUUUGUUAGCACCUGUUGUUAGUAGCUGGCUACCUUUUUACUAUACGAGUUCUAUGGCGGUUGGUGUUUUUCUCGUUGUUUUGAUUAUUAUCUUCCAGGUUAUGAGGCUAUUGCCUGCUGGGAGGAAAAAUGUUAUGUAUCUUGCGUUUUAUGGAUCUGUGGUUGGUGCUGGAUCUUUCAUUUUACAUCAGUUCUCGAUGAUGGUGAAUAUGAUUCUUGUUAAUUUCGGGUUGAGUGAGGAUAUGUAUAAUCCGGUAGCGAUUCUUGUGCUUGUUGGGAUUGUUAUUACUGGAGCUGCUUUUGGAUUCUGGACAGUGAGGAAAUUUGUUGUUUCGAAAGAUGGAGGAGGUGUGGAUGCUAGUGUGGCGCAGUUUGUGAAAUGGGCGAUGCGGUCUGUUGCUGCUACGUUUAUUUUACAGAGUAGUCUUGAUACUCCUAUGGCGAUGGGAGCUAUUGUUUUAGCUAGCUUGCUUGGUUUUCUUGUUAGUAAAAUGAAAAGCUUUGUAGCUCAAAGUCAUUGGCUGGUUUCUGCUGGUGAGAGACGUCCAAUAAUGCAUGGACGAGCUGAGUUCCUUAGCCGCCCUGGGGGAGGUGGACUGUGGAAGAGUGCUAGGAGAGUACCUUCAUAUUCCGGCUCUCCUUCUUACGAUGUGAGCUCACCAUCUUCAGUUAACCGGAGAACACCAAUCGGAAAUCAGGAUUACUAUUCUACAUUCCACAGGACGCCAAACCGGAAGAAGAUGUCGAAGAGAGAGUAUGAAGAAUUGACACAAGAAACGACACGGGAAGCAAUGGCAGGACUUGCAGCUUCUCCAGGAUUCAGUGAUUGGUUAGUUGAGCAUGCUGACAGAAUCAAGUUGCUUCCCACUGAGAGCUAUGAUGACGAAUUGGGUAGUGAAUCAGAUUCAACCGGUGAACAAUCUUGGACAGGUUUUUUCUGGUAGAGCAUAAACACUUUUGAGGCAACUCUUAACGACUUGCACGACAUAUACGGUUUAUCAUUAACUUUGUAUUAGAAUGUUGUAAGGUUUUUACAGCUUUCAGAGAGUUUAGGGGAUAGGUUUAGGACUUAGAAUCAAUCUUUGUAUAAUCUCAGUUUUCCAAUCUAAGCAGCUCAGGUGCAUUCAAUUACUUAAUUGUGUAGUGAUGAAAUUAGGUCCUUUAGUUUCUCUCAUAGUGGUUGUUGGUCGAAGAAAAAAAUAUAAACCAAAGUUGUAUUAAUCUUUCAUAAUCGAUUGAAGUGUUCUAUUGAGUGAAAAAAAAAA